AUGGGUUUCAAAGAAAUAAUGAUAGCAAGUGAAACUCAAUUGAAAGAAGAGCUGGGCAUAAAAGAAUUAGGCAUUCGCCUUUCGUUAAAAGAAUAUUGUUCAAGCCAGAAUAAGUCAACUACUGAUGUACAUGAUGAAAGAGAAUUGAAAAAACAGAAAUUGAUAUCAGAACUAAUGGAAAGUAGGAGAAACAUAGGAAAUUCGUCUUCUAAAGUGAAGAAAGCCGAAUCUAAGAAGACUGAGAAAAAAGCUGCUACUCACAACGUCCAAAUGGGCUGGAUUCAUAAUGAUGUCAGAGUGGGUUUGGAAAAAGGUGGUGGUACAAGAGAGAUGAAAGCGUCUGUUGAUUGCUCUUACCAUGAGCUGAUUGAUGCUGGAAGAAAGUGGUUUUUCCCUGACGGCCGUAGUUCUUUUGGUACUGCGGACAAUAUGAAGUUUGGCCUGGCUGAUUUCAAACGGCAACCUCUAACGAAACGUGACGGGGACGCUGAAAUCACACUUGGAGCGUAUGCUCAGAAAAAUGGGUUUAAAUCGAGAGUUCGACUCUAUAUGACUUCCGAUUCAAGAGUUGAAGAAGUAGCAACUUCAAGCAGCGAUGAAGACCCCGUCUCGUGGGAAGACCCGCACACAAGUACGCCACUUGUGACCAGUAACAGUGUUACUGAUAGUAGCCUAAAAGGCACGUCUCAGGAACGAUUGCGGCUAAAAGACGAGCAGGACAAAACGUACCGUGAAAGUCUGGCCAUGGAUAUCAAGAAACGUGACGACAGAGUCCGAGAACAAUUGUUGGAGACUGAUGAGAUGGAAAAAAUCACGAGGCAAGAAUAG